AUGGCAGCGACAACGCAGCAGCGACAGCAAGAAGGACUCGACUUCUUCACGACUACGUGCAUCAAAAACUACGUCAAAGCGUUCCCGAACGAACGGACGCCAUGUGUCAAGCUCACGAAGCUCUGCAAGGACCAGUGGAAGGGUAUGGCCGCCGCAACGAAGGGCCAGUUCGUCAAAAUGGCCGGGCUUGGGAAGCCGUACAUCGAAAGGCCACCAGAUCAUAGAACGUACCGGCCAGCGAACCCGUAUUGCCGAUUCGUACGUGAAUACUGUGCUAACUGGGGCAACAAGGGGCAUCAUGGCCUUACGGCAAUCCAAGUUUGCGGCCCUAAAUGGAAGGCCCUUUCACCGGAAGAGCGUCAACCUUACAUCGCGGAGUUCAAGGCCGACCUCGACCGUUACAACGAAGAGAAGCGGAAACUCCAAUCUGUUUACAAGCGAUCGGCCGAUGAUUGUGAUUCU